AUGAUCAAUUCGUGGUUUCAGGGUGGUCCUAGCUUUAGAGAUGAGCCCGUGUCGCUCAUGGAUAGUUGGCGGGCGUAUGAGGCCCAGGGUGGUGGUCUAGACAUGGAGAGUGGCGAGGGUGCGUCGUCGUCUGUAGCAGGUGGGGGUGGAUCUUCAGAAGGUGCAGCAGCUAGCGGAAUUUCCGGACUUAGCUUCGACGCUUUCACGCCGUAUUUUCAAAACGCAUCAGACUCCGUCAAUGCAACAUGGUCUAGUGUGUCGAAGAACGUGCAGGAGUUGCCGGGAAGCAUCCAGAAGCAGGCGAACGUGCUGCCGUCGAGUAAAGCUCUGAUGUACUUCGUGGUGGUGCUGGCGACGGGCGUGUUCUUCCUCUUCCUCGCCUUCUCCAUGUUCCUCCCAGUCAUUGUGCUCGCUCCCCAGAAAUUCGCUGUGUGCUUCACCAUCGGCUGCCUGCUUGUGGUGGGGUCCUUCUUUGUGCUCAAAGGGCCCAUGGUGCAGCUCCAAAGCAUGACCUCCGCUGAGAGGCUCCCAUUUUCGUUGUUCCUUGCGGGGAGCAUGGUCAGCACAAUCUAUUGUUCAAUGGUUCUUCACUCUUAUCUGCUUUCAGUUAUAUCGUCGGGGGCACAGGUACUUGCACUUGUUUAUUACGUCGUGUCUUUCUUCCCUGGCGGCACCACUGGCUUGCGCUUUCUCACAUCCAUCAUAGCCGUGCAAGAUCUGCGACGUGCGUUCGCGAAAUACAACGAUGCGUGGUUUCCCGUCUCCGGCGCAUCUAUUCCUGCAGGUGUCGAGCACAAAGUCACCAUGGCAGCCGUGGGGUGUCAAGCAAUGAUGAAGUCAUUCCUCGUCAGCACCACUCUCAAGAAUGGCGGCGAUUCGUUUCACUCACAAGCCACCAGCCGACCAGCGUCACAUAGUCGUCGCAACUCGCCGCGUCUAGCGGUUAGAGCGGCGGCGAAGACAGCGGAUGAUCCGGCGGCAAAGGCGCUUCAGGCGAAGUCGUUAGGCGAGCUGCGGGCGAUGGCGAGGGAGAAAGGGCUGCGCGGCGAUACCAAGGCAGAGCUGGUCAAGCUGCUGCUGCAGACCCAGCCGUCCUCCGCAUCCCCCGUGCAGCCGUCCGCAGUGAUCCCUCCCCCCGAGUCAACGCUCAGACCCACCACUCCAGCUCCCACCGCCGCCACCAGCACAGCGAGCGCGGGUUCCGGCGGCAAGGGCGGCAAGGCGGAGGCGGCGAAGGCGCUGGAGGCGAUGAGCACGGCGCAGCUGCGCGCCAUGGCGCGGGAGAAGGGGCUCCGGGGCGACACGCGCGCCGAGCUGAUUAAUCUCCUCGUAGCCGCGCUCCCCGAGUCCGCCAAGCCCACCUCCAACGCCUCGGUCAUGCCGCGGCCCCUCCCCCCAUCCGCCUCUCCUGCUGCUGCAGCAGCAGCCGCCGCUGCAGCCUCUGGUGACGGCAACGGCGCGAGCAGCAGCAGCAGCAGGGAGUCGGAAGUGGCGGAGGCAGAGGUGGUUCUGCCACCAUUCGCCUCGGACAUCCCCCCUGGUGGCAUUGCUAUCAGCCAAGUGCAGAAGCAGCCAGGGGCCAAGGCGGGCAGUGGGGCGACGGCAAAGGAGGUGAAGGAGGCAGCAGCGGAGCUGAAGCAGGGGCAGUUCGUGCGCUCCGUGCUCAUAGGCGGCUUUGGCCUCGCGCUCGUGCCUCUCGUUCUGCCCCUCGCCCCCACCAACAGACUCGUCCCAGGCUCGCCCGCUGAACAGUUGGCAGCGCAGCUAGGGGAGGAGGCGACAGUGCUGCUCAACUCACUGCUGGACACGCAGGCUGUCACGGUGAGCCAGCUGCAAGCGCUCAUGCCUCUCAUCUCACCAGACCUGGACCCCACCACGCGGGCUGCCAGAGCUGCUUGUUCGCCGCAACGAUUAGAGGCUUUCACACGCUUUGGAUCACUCGAGGACAUGGAGUGCGCAGAUGCUUUGCGGUUAUCAGUAGGGAGAAAUCUAACUCUUGGGCCUUCAUGGCAAACCCAACCAGAUGGCUCUGACUCAAGAAGCGGAGGAGCUGGUCACGGUCGUCAAAUCGAGAAGGAUAGUGUGGUCGUCAGAAAGAGGCCUCGAGAAGAAACCGCGAAAGACCUGCUCUGCACGAAAGCGAGUCGCGAAAAAAUGCGACGUGAUCGCUUGAACGACAGAUUUCUUGAGUUGGGGAGAGAGCUCGACCCGGAUCUGCCUCCCAAGACAGACAAAGCCGUGAUUCUGAACGACACUGUGAAGCUUCUGACGCGUUUAAAAGAAGAGGCGAUUGCCCUGACAGAAAGCAACCGGCAACUACGUGACCAGAUAAAGGAACUAAAGGUGGAAAAGUCGGAGCUCCGCGAGGAGAAGUCACGGCUGAAGGCUGAGAAGGACGCGCUGCAAGGGAAGCUGCACUCGUUGCCCGUCCCUGCCACUGGUUGUUUUACAUCCCAGGCAGCUGCAGCAGCGGCAGCAGCAGCACUCCAAGCUGCAGCAGUGGCAACGUUUUCUGAUCAAAUCGCAGCAAAACCAGUGGACUACAGCCACGUGUUUGCUGUGGCUCCGCCGCCCAUGGACGCAGCGGAUCAGAACACGGGCAUGUGGCAAUGGUUGCCGCCCAAUGCUGCUGACAUCUCCAGAGAUCAUAUUCUUCGCCCUCCUGUUGCUUGA